GUAAGCUUGUUGAACUUUUGGGCCCUACCCUUGUAGGUCAGGAGCCUGCUUCUGGAGCCUGGUCGCCACCUUCCAGAAUCAGGAUUUCCUCCUGACCACACACAAUUAGCUACUUCCUUUCUCUCUUUGCUGUGGAGGUGGAGGUGGGGGCAGCGGAGGAGGCUCUGGGAGAGGCUGGGUUCUCCCACCUCUGAGGGGGAUCCUGUGGUGGGAAGUGGCCACCAGCCACCACCUUAUCUGACACCUAGCACGUCUCUGUGAAUAGGGACUUUGGACCCCGUAUUAGCCUCAGCUUAUCCUUCCAGCUCCUUCCCGCCUGAGCUUUGGACACCUGGGCCAGCACUUAGCCCCAGCUCUGUUCCUCCAGUGCUGGGGGACCCUGGGAUGUCCCCACCCUCUUUGGGACUGUGUCUCUGCUUGUUCCCUAGGGGAGAGAAGGCUCUUUUGUCCCCUUCUAGGGGUAAGUAAUCCCAGCCUGUGGUGGGAUUUGACCUGGCUGCCUGACCAAGGCUGGGGUGACCUCUGAAAUCUGUGAUUUUGAGAGGAAGGUGUAGGGUUCGAGUGUUCCCUCCGCCCUUCUGUUCCUCCCAAGUAAACUCUACAGGUGAUGGGGGAAGGCUGUCCGGUCCUGGGAUGGGUGUUUAUCCUGGGAACAGAGACGGGUCUAGAACAUGCAUUUGUGUCUUAUUUCCAUUUAAGAACCGGAGGGAAGUCAGGGUCUUCCAUAGUUAGGAUUUUAGAACAGGGCACCUUCACACAUCUGGGCUGAGCUUUCAGAGAGGCUCUGCCAAAACCCUUCCGUGGACCCGGGUUAGUGAGCAAGGUAUUCCUUCUAAAUCACUGGGCGGUCAGUUUGUGUCAAUGCUGGGCUGGGCAUCCUCUGGUUUACCCCUCCCACCAACCCCAGGGGCGAGGUGCUGUUAAUGCCUUCAAUUCUGGAGUUAAGUAAGCUGAGAUUUACUUACUCCCAGCCCAAGACCACCCUGAUGCUCCAUAAAACUCAGCCUCUGAACCACCCCAGACAAGACUACCCCCUGGUUAAAAUGUGGGGAGACAAUCUGGGAGAAGAGCUCCUCCCCCUCCCAAACCGGAACUUGAGAUUAAUUUACUAAACCUGUUAAUUAUCCAUUACUUAUUAGUUGGGGUCCAGGAAAAGGACAAGGGCCAAAGUGGGGUCUGAGGGGGAAGGGGUACUGCUGAGUGCCUGGAUGGACCCCUCGAUUUGUCUCCAAGUUCCCUCUCUGUAUAUAUAUUUUUUUAAUUUAAAGAAUAGAGGCCAGGCGCAGUGGCUCACGCCUGUAAUCCCAGCACUUUGAGAGGCCGACGCAGGCAGAUCAUGAGGUCAGGAGUUUCAGACCAGCCUGACCAACAACCCCAUCUCUACUAACAAUACAAAAAUUAGCCAGGCAUGGUGGCACGUGCCUGUAAUCCCAGCUACUUGGGAGGCUGAGGCAGGAGUAUCACUUGAACCUGGGAGGCGGAGGUUGCAGUAAGCCGAGAUCGCACCACUGCACUCCAGCCUGGGCAACAGAGCGAGACUCCAUCUCCAAAAAGAAAAAAAAGAAAAAAGAAAAAAGAAUAGAGACAGGGUCUCGCUAUGUUGGCCAGGUUGGUCUUAAACUCCCGGCCUCAAGCAAUCCACCCACCUCAGCCUCCCAAAGUACUUAGGAUUACAGGGAUGAGGUACCACACCCAGCCUGUCUCCAAUUCUAUAGUCAUUCCUGUGUGCUGUGUGAUUUGGAUUCACAGACUCACCCUUUCUGGGCCAACCUGCAGGGGUUCCUUCCUGUUCCUGUCCCCACAAGGGGACAAAGCCUGUGAGAUGGUACUCAGCCUGGGACUGAGCAUGGAAAAGGGGAAUUACCCCAACUCUUAUUGGCUAUCACUGGUAUUCUUAUCUUUACUGUUGCGAUUUGCAAUUGAAAUAUUUUAUAAAGGUAUAAAGAUAAAGAUAAUGGUGGUUUUGCCAAAGCUGGCUUCCUAUUUUUUAGCCUUGGUUGUUUGUCCCAGGAGGCUAGGGUGGGGUGAGAGAUGCCCUUCCCCACCACCCAUUUCCUAUGUUCUGGCACCUACAUCCCUCCCCCACAGUCUGGGAGCAGCCAGGAUGAAAUGAAACCAGGUAAUUGAUGAAUGCACGUUCAUUCAUUCUGCAAAUAUUUUGACUACUGGGUUUUCAACAAUGAUGCAGCAAAAAUCCCUGCCCUCGCGGAGUUUGCCUUUUACACAACUGAAGGACAAUUAACAAGAUAAAGUAAAUAUAUAGUAUGUUAGAUGUUGACAAGAGAUGUGGAGAAAAGUUAAGCACACUAAGGGGAAAGGGUGGUUGUAAUUUUUAAUAAGGUAACCGGAGAGGGAGGAGCUGGAGCCAGCCUUGCAGCCACCUAGAAGAGUGUUCCAAGUCAGUGCGGCUUUGACACACAAUUGCUAUCAAUGGAGGGAAAUUCUGUAAGAUGUCCUGGGUGCCCUGCAGACCUAGUACAGAAGAGGGGGAAGCUGAUUUGGGAGGCGGGGUCCUGGCAGCUUUGCAGAGCAUGGAAUCCCUUAGGCAGGGAUCUGAAGGAUGAAUGGAGGCUCGGACAGGUGUAAAACAGCCAGGAAGAGUCCUCCUGCCCGCAGUGUCUGCAGUGACUGAAGGUGGGAUAAGGAAAGUCGCUAGUGCCCUGAGCCAUGGGUGUCACGGUGGAAGCCAGAUUGCAGCCAAAUGUGGUCUCAUCCUCGCCUGCCCCAAAGGAUUCAAAUGCUGUGGUGACAGCUGCUGCCAGGAGAACGAGCUCUUCCCUGGCCCCGUGAGGAUCUUCGUCAUCAUCUUCCUGGUCAUCCUGUCCCUCUUUUGCAUCUGUGGACUGGCUAAGUGCUUCUGUCGCAACUGCAGAGAGCCGGAGACAGACACCCCCGUGGAUUGCCGGGGGCCCCUGGAACUGCCCUCCAUCAUCCCCCCAGAGAGGGUCAGAGUAUCCCGCUCUGCGCCCCCACCCCCCUACAGUGAGGUGAUUCUGAAGCCCAGCCUGGGCCCAACUCCCACAGAGCCACCCCCUCCCUACAGCUUCAGGCCUGAAGAAUAUACCGGGGAUCAGAGGGGCAUUGACAACCCGGCCUUCUGAGUCACCUCCUGCCUGGAAUCUUGCCAUCAGCAACCUCCUCCCCAGUGCCUCCUGGAUCAAGCUAGAGACUGCUGGCACCCCAGGAAUGUCCCUGCCCAUCCUGCCGUGUCUCUGUUCAUUGUUGGAUUUAACUUAUUACUUUUUUUGCCUCUGUUUCCACCCCAGCUGCCUCUCUUGUCCUGAGGGUUAGGCUGGAGUGAUAGUAUCUGCCCACCCCCCAACCCAAGAAAGAGGCUGCCGGAAAGAAAAUGCCGACCAUUGGAGGUGCCCAACAGUAGAAUGGGCUACUGUGAGGGGUAGUAAGAGCCCCAUUUCUGGAGGUAUGCAAAUCUUGACUGGACAGCCAGCUCUGAGAUUUUAUCAGGGCACUUCUAUACCUGUGGGACAUUGGACUGGAUGAGCCCUGAGCCAGCUUCCACUCCUACCUGAAUAGAGAACUCACUGCACCCACCCGUAACACGUGAUAAACACAUGUCCUCACUGAAUGUUACUGAUUGCGGCUGAGGGCCUGCCUCUGCCUGUGUGGGGAGGUGGGUGGAGAGGUGAGCCCAGGCACUGCUGGGGGGCGCGGUGAUGGGGUCGCUGCGCCGCAAUCCCACCACUGAUGAGCCACCUGGGAGGUCUGGGAGGACAGUCCAUCCAUGGGCCGCCCUUGGGGAGAGGCUUGUUCUAGAUGUAUUGGCUGUCUGUUUUUUGAUGUCUCUGUGUGCCAAGCAGCCUGGAAAUGGGGUACGCGUGUCCCUUGUGUGGGUUUCCCAAUCCCUUCCGCCCACGGCUUUCCUGGGACACAUGGAGCCCAGCUCUCUGGCUGUCUUACCAUGAGAAGUUGGUAAGUUGGCUGU